AUGUCCAAUUCCCCCCCUCCGAGGAGGAGGAGCCAAUUGCUGUCGAGCCCCGAGAACGGCCUGCUAUCCAACUUUCUCAUUGACGGUCGGAACAACGAGCUGAACCAUCUGAGUGCUCUCGAUGCCGCUCAGGCAGAGCAUAAGCGCGUACGAGAAGCGGCCAUUCGGGUUUUUGAGCUCCAUGAGCUUCGAGAAGAACAUGAACGGAUUCUAGAGUUGGAGCGCAAGGAGCAAGAGAGGUUAAGAGCGGAAGCGGCCAUAGUGGAAGAAGAGCGAAGGCUUCGAGAGCUCAAGGCCAAGACGGUGCCAAAACUGCCUCCAGAGCCUACGCCGGCGCCGCCCAAGAAGGUUGAGCCAACACCAGCUCCUCGACCAGAGCCGCCGAAGCCCCAAGAGCCUGUUAAACAACCAAUUGCCGAAAUCAAACAACAGCCACCAGCAAAUGUAGCUGCUCCUCAAGUAAAUGGAAUCUUGGGAGGACAAAAUGGACCAGCCACGAAUAAUGCCUUUGCAUCUCCCGCUCAAGCAAUUAGCGCGCCAAAACCCGAGCAGCGCUUAGCACCACCUCCAGUGGCAUCAAACGCAAUCCAAGCUCCAGGAGCCCAGGCUCCAGCGGCUUAUUCUAUAUCAGCACAAAAGAAUGCCCUGGCGCAACGAUAUGUCGAAAUCCACAAGGAGCUAAAGACGCUGCGGCAGGUGCUGCAGGCUGAAGCAAAGGUGCCUGGGUCACCUCUCAAAGGCAAGAUGGGAACCUAUCGAAGAGAGAUCCGAGUAUCUAUUGGACAGCUUACCGGCGGCAAAGGCGCCAACGCGCAACCAAUUCAAAAAAUUACAACGGCCUUGAAGGAGUCUCUUGAGGGCAGAGUUCCCAGCGCUCCUAUCGAAGUAAGCCGAUUCGUCGUAGGACAACGACAGCCAGUCGAAGGCGCUUUGAAUAACGACAACACGCUGCCUUCUCUCUUCAUCUACCUCUUGAAUAUCUGCGCCAAGGGCAUCAUCAACCAAUUCAUCAACGAGUGCAGUGCCAAUCCCAAAGCUGCAGAUCCAAUUGGCGUUUUUACCGCCCAUAUAUUUUCUCAGAAAGACUUUCUAUGGCGCGGCGAAUCACUAAUUGACAUCCUCAUGGCCAAGUUCCGGGUCGUAUGCCCAGUCUUAUUUGGCCUGAGGGGAAGUGACAAGACCGAAAGGGGCAGAUUAGCCAUAGGAUGGAAAAAAGAUGGCCCUGGCUACGUCACCGAGCAGACUCACAACGACAGAAUGACGGGCCUGGGCGCUGGGUUCGCUUCGAUUUCCCUUCGCGACUUUAGCAAGACGUCCAAGGCGAAUCCAUAUCCUCCAGUCAACUACUGGAAGGCUCUGGCUGGCAUUGUCAACUCACCACCGAAUGAGACUUCGAAUACGCAGUAUGUUGUUUUGAGAGCAAUGAUUGAGGGGCACGAGCAGCGGUUCUUGAAUUUCUACGGAAAUGCGGCCAUUGCCGCGUUGCGCCUCGCGUUAAUCGACUUUCCGCAGAGAGCGCCUGCGAACGCAUCCGCAGCACAGUCAUUACGAGCUAUGGUAGAGCUACUUCGCACCGAAGGACUUGUUCUAAGCUGA